AACAAAGCUCCGAAAAUCCUCGAAUCAUGAAAUUCGACCGUUAGAACCAAAAACCCCAAUCCUAUCAAAACCCCACACUUUUAAAACCUAAAAGCCAAUCCCUAAUUUCACUUUCCAUUCUCUGUUCUUCUUCACCUUCUUAAACCUCAACAGUCUCUCUUUAUUUAAUUGAUUGAUCAAUUACAGAGAGAUUGUCAUUUCAAAUCAUUCUAUUGAGAAAUCGAGGAAAAACCCAGGGAAAAAAAUGGAGUUAGAACAAAGGAGAAAUAGUGGGAUUAAUCUCCCAUCUGGGAUGUCUCAAUCAUCACUUAGACUCCAAACUUUUCGAUCAACCUCAAAAUCAACAAAUGAAACUACUCCAUUUAGAUCUAAUAUUAAUUUACAAUCUCCAAGAUCAGUAUCAUCCCCCAGAUCCAUCACUAGUCUAUCAUCUGCAACUUGUUCGCCGACAUCAAAGAAAUCCAUUUGCAGUGACAGAUUUAUACCUUGCAGAUCAUCUUCUAGGCUUCAUGCAUUUGGGUUAAUUGAGAAGCCUUCCCCUACUAAAAAUAGGAAAGAAGGGGGAAAUACUAAUACUAAUACUAAUACUAAUCAUGAAGCUUAUACUAGGUUGUUAAAGCAAGAAUUAUUUGGGGCUGAUUUUGCUUCUCCUUGUUCUGCUGCAGGUUCACCUAUGAGUAGUCCUAACAAGAACAUAUUGAGAUUCAAGAUGGAGUAUUCUUCCCCUAGUUCAGCCUUUUCUCCCUCGGGGCUCGGCCAGGAUUCCGGGCUUUCUAGUGAGGUGUCUACUCCUCCCAAGCUGCCUAGGAAGGUUCCCAAGACACCCCAUAAGGUUUUGGAUGCACCAUCAUUACAGGAUGAUUUCUACUUGAACCUGGUUGAUUGGUCUUCUCAAAAUUUGCUUGCGGUUGGUCUUGGUACCUGUGUUUACCUGUGGAAUGCAUCAAAUAGCAAAGUAACAAAAUUGUGUGAUCUAGGACCAAAUGAUGGUGUUUGUGCAGUUCAAUGGACAAGAGAGGGUUCCUAUGUUUCUGUUGGAACAAGUAAUGGUCAAGUCCAGGUGUGGGAUGGUACUCAAUGCAAAAGGGUAAGAACUUUGAGCGGUCAUCAAACAAGAGCAGGUGUUUUGGCAUGGAGUUCGCGUAUUUUAGCCUCUGGAAGCAGAGACAGGAACAUACUUCAGCAUGAUCUUCGCGUCUCGAAUGACUAUGUCAGCAAGCUGGUUGGGCAUAAAUCCGAGGUGUGUGGGUUAAAAUGGUCUCAUGAUGAUAGGGAACUUGCAUCAGGAGGCAAUGACAAUCAGCUCCUGGUGUGGAACCAGCAUUCUCAGCAGCCAGUCCUGAAGCUAACUGAGCACACAGCUGCCGUGAAGGCCAUAACUUGGUCGCCCCACCAAAGUGGUCUACUUGCUUCUGGGGGUGGCACGGCUGAUCGCUGUAUUCGGUUUUGGAACACUACAAAUGGGAAUCAAAUAAACAGCAUUGAUACAGGAAGUCAGGUGUGCAAUCUAGCAUGGAGUAAGAAUGUGAACGAACUAGUUAGCACCCAUGGAUAUUCUCAGAAUCAAAUAAUGGUGUGGAAGUAUCCGUCGCUUUCAAAGGUUGCUACCUUGACAGGACAUAGUUUACGAGUUCUAUAUCUCUCUGUUUCCCCUGAUGGUCAGACCAUAGUAACUGGAGCUGGAGAUGAGACCUUACGGUUCUGGAAUGUCUUCCCUUCUGUUAAAACAUCGGCACCAGUCAAAGAAACGGGGUUGUGGUCAUUGGGAAGAACCUAUAUUCGUUGAGAUCUGCUGUCAGCAAUGGUAAAGGUCCAUAAUUAAUAAGUAAAUAAUAUGUAUAGUGGAAGCUUUGUAUAGUUUAAACACCAAAAACAUGUGUGACAGUGACACGAAAGUUUAGUGUGAUUAUAAUAUUUAUACUGGAAGAUCGAAUGCCUUCAUGCACAGUGUAUUUUUGCACAAAUUUAUUCAUCCAAAUUAUAGAGUUCUUUAAUUAUUUCAUCAAAAACCAUUAUAUUUUUACAAUUAUUUCAUUUAAAAUUGUAAAUACUAAGCUCUUGCUGUAAAAUCAAUUUUUCUAUCUAAAAGGGUGUUUGAUAUGCAA